AUGACUUCAGCGAAGAGCAACUGUGUGGACCCGGCAGUUACAGUUCACUUGCUUAAUAUCUCACUCCCCGGGACCCCAAAUUCUGAAGCAUCUCAAAGCAGUUGUCCGGGGAGAGAUCUUCAGCAGCCGGUGUGUGCGGGGGAGUCUAGGAAGAAGCUUGAGAGUGCCUAUUCCUGGUGCCAGGAGUAUUGCGGUCAGCAGUUGCAGGAUGCCUUCGUCUCUGUAAAAGUAAAAGAUGAACUGCCUCUGUGUCAAACUGUUUCUUGCAGUGGGAAAGCUUGGAAUUUCCUUGGAAUUCUCACUUUCAAGACAGCUUUUUUUAUCCUGCUACUCCAGCUGUCCAUGUGGACCUCAGAUUCCUUCACUGUGACUGGCCCCUUGGAGACCAUUGUGGCCAUGCUGGGUUCAGACACCGUGCUGCCCUGCAGUGUGUUCCCAGCCAUGAGUGUGGAGAACAUGGAGCUGGGAUGGCUCCGCUCACAGUUCUCAGAGCCGGUGUACGUGUAUCGGGAUGGAGCGGAGCAGGUGGGAGAACAGCUGGUGGAUUUCAGAGGGAGAGCAGAGCUGGUGAAGGAUUACAUGGCUGAUGGAAGAGCGGCUGUGAGAAUCAGUCUCCGGGUCUCAGACAAUGGAGUGUACAUGUGCUUUUCUAAAAAAGAACACCAAUAUGAAGAAGCCAUUUUGGAGCUGAAGGUGAUAGGGCUGGGUUCUGGUCCCCGCAUCUUCAUGGUGGGUCUAGAAGAUAAAGGAGUAGAGCUGAAGUGCCCAGGCAGGGGAUGGUUUCCCCCGCCUGGGGUGCAGUGGGAAGGUACAAGGGGAGAGAAGAUACCAUCUCUUUUGGAGGUUGAGGCCCAAGAUAAUGAUGGAUUGUUUCAGAUUGAAGCAACCCUCAUUGUGAGAGACAGCUCAAAGGGAGAAGUGUCCUGCUCCAUGAAGAACCCCUUCUUUGGACAAGAGCAGGUGGAAACCAUUUCCAUCCCAGAGCCCUUCUUUCCUAGGACCUCUCCUUGGAAGACAGUGUUUGUUGUGACUUUUUCCAUACUUAUGAUUUGCCUUGUUGCUACUGUAUAUUUGGCCUGGAAAGAAAGACAGGAAAAGAGGAGAGAAGAGGAAGCCAAGAGAGAAAAUGAUAAAGAAAGGAAAGCCAAAGAAACUCUCCAUAAAGAGCUUGGCUAUAGGAAAGAAUUAUAUCAGAAAGGCUGGAGAAAAGCACAGUUAUAUGCUGACUGGAGAAAGGAGCAGUUUGAAAUAGCGGCUGUUUUUCUGGAUCCAGGCACAGCUCAUCCCAACCUCAUCCUAUCUGAGGAUAGAAGACAUGUUUCUUCAGUAGAGAACAUUUCUCAGAACUGUGAUGCCCCAGCAUACCAGGAACGAGGGAAGCUGGAAUCCAUCUACAGUGUCCUGAGCCACUUACUUACCACAGGGAAAUAUUACUGGGAGGUAAAAGUAAAUACAGGAACAGAAACUGCAGCUGCAGCUAGAGGGGCUUUGGGUGUUUGCUCAAGUACAGCAAAGAGAGAGGGGUGGCUUAGAGAACAUCCAGAGGAUGAAUUCUGGGUGCUGGCCUGUGAGGGAGGAAGAAUCAUGACUCUUGCUUCCCAUCCAGGCCCUCUGUCACUGAAACAGCAGUAACACACGAUAGGAGUUUUCCUGGACUGGGAGGCUGGAGAUGUGCCCUUUUACAACAUGGUUGAUGGGUCCUACAUUUAUUCCUUUACUGGGAUCUCCUUCUGUGAGGCCCUCCAUCCUUAUUUUAGCCUUCACGGUGUUGGCACAUUGAUGACCAUCUGUUCAGCUUCAGAUCGCACUGAAGGUUGUCCUGAUUCUUUUGUAAUGACACCUAUGACUCAUUUAACAAGCUGUCAUCCAGAUAUCCACCAGGAAGCCAAGUCCCUAUUAGCUCCACAGGAAGUGUAG